UUCCCCUUUGGAUAUGACAAUGUUAUUCUUCUUUCCUAAGGAAAUAUACUUAAAAGGACAAGAAAUUUGAGGUUUCAAAUAUUUGGACUGAAUUGAUUGGAAUUAAUGUAAGAAGAUGUCAGCAUCAUUCAGUAGGGUUGGUGAUGAAGGAGUCAAUGAGUCCCUGUUGAAACAGCUUGCAUCCUACAUGGAGGAUAUGCAGCGCCUGCUUACCAAGCUACAUCAGCUAUGGAAAGAAGUUGGAUUUUCUACGUCAGAUCAGCUCAAACGAAUUGCUGAUCUCAAGAACCGCGUUAAAGAGUUUUAUGCUGAGGAGAAGGCUCACAAGAAGAUGCUCAUCGAUGAAGUUGAAGAAAAAUCAAAAGAAGUCUUCACAUUAUCAAAAGAACUGGGAGUAAAUGCAGAUGAGCUCUACACCAAUGACAGCCUCUCCCUCCUGCAAAUGGACCAGCACCUGAGCCAUCGCCUCCAGUCCCUCAGGCAGGAGGUCUCCAGCAGACACAAAGAUCUACAAAAGCUGCUCAAAGAAGAAGAGGAAUUGUGUUCUGAGUUGCUGGAAGAGGUCUCAUCUCCUUGUGCUGGCACGGUGCCAAGCAAGGAGGAAAUUGCCAGCGUACAGCGCAGAAUUAACACUCUGAUGCAGGAGAAGAAACAUCGUCUACACACAUUCCGCGCGCUCAAGGAGCAGAUCUCAGGAUUGAUCGUUGAGUUGGACCAGCCUGCAAACAGCAGCUUCCCCACGAACAUCAUUCACUCAAACGAAGGCCUUGGUACACUUUCCCUUCACAACCUUGACGCCAUGAAACGUCUCAAGUCUGAUCUCACUGCUAAGGUUUCUGCUAACAAACGAGAGUUGAAACAGCUGCAACAAAAAGUCCAGGAGUUGUGGGACCGUCUGUCGGUGCCUCAGUUGGACAGAGAGCACAUGCUGCUUGACAACAUCUCAGGAAAGACUCCGGCUGACCUUACUUUGUACCGAGCAGAGUUGCUCCGUCUGGAAGAAAUGAAGAAAGCGAAUAUUUCUCGCAAUAUUGAUGCCUUGAGAACUGAGGUAGAGCUUUGGUGGCAGCGAUGCUACGUCGGGGAUGACGAAAAACUUCAAUGUGAGGUCUUCUACAAGACCGAGACCAACGACGAAGUUCUUAUGGGACUGGAAGCCGAAGUAGAGCGCCUGAAAGAGAAGCAUGCAGCGGCCCAGCACAUCUAUGACAAGCUUGACCUCAGAGAUAGCCUGUGGAAUAAACUUAUUAAACUAGAGCUCGGACCCAAUGAUCCAUCACGCCUCUUCAAGAACCGGUUACGCGCGUUCGACACGCUGCCGCGCGUCGAAGCUCAACUCAAGGAAUCUGUAAGUGCUUGGGAGUUAGAGCAAAAAGUCCGUCUAGGCAGGCCAGUCGUGUUCACCGUACGGGGCGUGCCAUUACACGACUUCAUGCACCGGGAGCAGUACACGGACAGCAAACACCUGCAGGCCAAGGAGAGGAGUCAACGAAGAGUCCUAACAGACCACUCUCCCAGUGGUCGUCGCGAUGUUACUCUCCGUCAGUCGCGACGUCUGCGUGCCAAAGGCGCCGCCACAGGCGGCCGCAUCUGCUCGCUUACGGCUGGCAAAUGUGCUCUAAUACAGUCACCGUCUUGGUAA